GAUACCCUCGUGCUCGGAGAAGGGGAUGCUGCCGCAGGAAAUGCCUCAGCAGAGUUUCUGAGAAUGUAUCAGCGUGAAGAGGAAUGGACUUGUAGAGGGGCCCGAUGUAAGGAAAUAUUCCAGGAGGGGCAAAGGGACCUGCAAGUCGGUGCUGGCACAACGAGCCCUGGAGAGGCACAGACCUGGGCACCCCCUUCCCUAGCACGUAAAUAAAGCUCAGUGGCGAAGCUUCCCUUCCAAAACACUUUCUACCUGUCCUUACAACCUCCUGCCAGCGCACAGCAGCACGCAGCAAACUUUUGGCCUCUGGGAAGCUCUGCUGGUCUACAAGUACAUACCUGUUCUAGCACAGUCUGUGUUUUUAAGAGCCGAGAGAAGGAACCGGCUCCUACCCCCCGAGCCUGCGGGACCUCCUGCACAAACCACCUGGGAGAAGAAACCUGUUGUGGGGGUGACGCGUUUCAGGGCGCAAACGCCCAGCCAGGGACGUAAUUACCGUGUACAAAGGCUUUUUGGUCAGGGCAGCAGCUCGGAGUGCCCCGAGUGUCAGCGAGCAGCUAUGCGGCAGAACAGGAUGUCGGAUUAAGGAGUCUCCGGCGAAACCCGUGCCGAGGACAUCAGAGGACACCCGGCGGAGCAGGGAAGUGAGUGAGCUGGGUGGUACCAGCCCGCAGCCUCCCGGGUGCUGCCUGGGCUGGCUCGGAGAGCUCGGCACGCCACGACCCAGCGCUUUGGGGUCACAGCAUGGAGGAGUUUUAGGGGCUUGCAGUGCCCUGAGCCCAGCCCGGAGCAGCAGGAAAGAUGCCCUGCGUGGGGGCAAGAUGAAUUUCUGUCGCCCCGGUGCUCGUGGCUGCAGGUGAGGGGCCGGGGAUCGCUGUACCUGCAGAGCUCCCCGCCCGCCCAGCACCCGCGCAGCCUCAUCUCCGCCGGGGAGGAGGGUUAAUGUGUAACCCGGCUCUGUUUGGUUAGCCCAGAAAAGCAAAGGAGUCCUGGGAUAGGCACGGCCGGGACAAGGAAUUGGGCAGCACGCGACGACGGACGGCCUGCUGGGAUACUGCCCCCGUGCCGGACGCCACGGCAGCCCAGGAUAUGCCCAGGAAGGAGCUGGGGAUGGCUGGCUGCAACUCUGGCAGCUGUGACAGCAUGGUCAGCACGGCCUCCAACCACUCACAGCGGAGUGAUAACAGCUACGACUAUUUAUCUGUGGAAGAGAAGGAGUGUUUGAUGUUCUUAGAAGAAACCAUUGGCUCACUGGAUGCAGAAGCAGACAGUGGGGUCUCCACUGAUGAGACUGACUAUGCAGAGCCCUCCAAGCUGCCUGGGACACGGCCCAAGAAAGACCCCAUGGGCCGGGAUUUGGGAAAUGGGGCUCCCCCUCCAAGCAGAGGUCAGCGUGCAGCUGAACAGAAGAGUGGCAAGAGCAUCUCUGCCUCCUCCAGCUCAGCUCCAGCGGUGGUUCCAAGCCCAGGCUAUUUCAGUCUUCCAAGGAAUAUCCCUGCAGCAAACAGAGCUCCUGACAGCAAGGUGAUUGUCCACACGGCGAAGGACCCGGUGCCAGGACAAAAACCUUCACAGGAGGACAGGCUUGACCAAGCCAACACAAGAAGCCAUGUGAAGUCCAUGGGAUCUUUGAUUAUCCAACCUCAAGAUCCCUUCCAGGAUGACCAGGUGACCCACGAGUGGUCACGCAGCAAUCGCUCAGAUGCCAAGGGGGAAACGGCCAAGGAGACCAAGACUUGGACUUCAUGGGGCCAGCCAGAGAAAUCCACACUGGAAGAGGCCUCUCAGGACCCUGAUGCCAAGCGAGGGCCUCCAACUGCCCCCAAGCCGCGAAAAUUGCCACCAAAUAUUAUCCUGAAAACCAGCAAAACCAGCCCGGUGCCGCUCGCCACGGAGCACAUCCAGAAGGUAAAGGCACCACCUCCACCCUCAGGUGGCUCUCAGCCCAGCUCUGCCAGUGAUGCCGCUGCUGAAAAGGUGAACCCCGGGCACCUCGACCCCAAGGAGAAGGAGAAAGCCCAUCGGGAGGCACUGGAGAAGCUCGGACUGUCACAGGACAGGAGGGAGCCCAGCGCCCACCUCCAACCUCCCACACACCCCCAGCCAAGGGAGGCUCCGCUCCCCGUCCCUGGGGAGCCCGAGGCAGCAGGAAUCCGACAAAUAGCAUUCAAAUCCAACACCCUGGAGCGCUCUGGAGUGGGGCUGAGCAGCUACAUGGCCAGCACCAAGGAGCAGAACGCCAAGAGCAGCAGCUCCCUGGGCAAGAUGUCCUUCAUCGAGCGGCUCGCCCCGAGCUUCCUCAGGGGCGGCCGCCCCCGGCCCGUGUCCCUCGUGGCGGGGAAGGACUUUGCUGGCCUGAAGGAGCAGGGGCAGGUGGAGCAGGAGAAGAGCAGCAAGAGGAGAUCCCACCCUCUCCCGAGCUUCCCGAGGCCCUCCCGCUCCGCCGUCAGCGUGAAGAUCUCCCCGAAGGGCACGACCGACGAGAACCGGCGCGAGGCACUGAAGAAGCUCGGCCUGCUGAAGGAAUAACUCCAGGGGCUGGGGGGAGAGGGGCUUUUCACCCCAAAAUCCAGGUGCCUGCACUGCCUGUCCCCUGGCAGGUCACUCCUCUGCUGUGCUCUGCUGCUCUGGCACCUCAGGAGAGGCCCCCGGGCGUGUUGGAGCUUCAUGACCAGAUAAAGUAAUGCCACAUGUACAUAAUAUUUUGUACAUAGCAAGUGUAUAUGAGCUAUUUAUAUAAAGCAUCACUCGGCAUGUGGGCAGGGUGUGUUCUCCUACAAGGUCUGUAAUGCAUUUGGGGAUCCACUGAAACAGGGAAGCCUUAGAAUUAGGGGUUUGGCUUGUUUUAAAAGGGGUUGCCUGUGGAUAAAGCCUAUUUGGGAAGAACUGCAGGACUCUGCUGUUCCUUCAGGACUUUUUGGGGGGUAUUUUUAUUACUUUUAUCACAGCCUCUGAGGCCUGAGCGCUCACCUCCCACAUGCAAGUGCCUCCCAAAACCACCACUGCCACGCACAAACUCCAACAGGCACUGGAAGGGGCUCAGCAAAGCUCUCCCUCACACGGUGUCUGCUGGAGGGGCUGGAGGGCUGCCCACACAUCCCACUGCCUCCUCUGCCACCCUGCUCUCCCACCCAGCCCCAACCUGGAUCUGGCACUUGGCAGACGUAUGAACGUCAUGAAGUGACUGUUAAGAAGCAACAGGCUGUGUUGGUGUCAGAUCCAGAAGUGCUGCCCAAAAAUGAGAGAGAUGCAAGUCUGAAACAACACCAACUCAUUCCCUUUCAAACUCUCCUGGCAUCUCUCAGCCCCAGCUGAUGCUGCCAACAUCUGUGCUGCUCACCUUUUGUAACAGAGGCGGUUUAUUUCUCUAAUAAACUUGUAUAU